AUGCCUCUGGCCAAGCCCAUCAUCCGGCCUAGAGCCCCUCCGGCUGGCAGGCUGCACAGUCUGAGGACGCCGCAGCCCGGGGCCAUACCGAUCAAACGUCCUCAGGGACAACAGCAGCAGCGUCAACCGUCUCUACAGCCUCAGCAACAGCCACAGAAGUUCAAGAACCGAUCGCCAGACAAGCCUGCAGAGACUUGUCCAAAUCCGAACUGUACAAAUCCCCGUAUUGUCUCGGAAGAAGCCAUGCGGGUCUGUGCCAGCUGUGGCAGUGUGGUUAGCGAGGAUACGCUCGUCUCGGAAAUCAGCUUUGGCGAGACAUCGGCUGGAGCAGCCGUUGUCCAGGGCUCCUAUGUCGGUGCUGAUCAGACCCAUACCCGGAGCUCGGGGCCGGGCUUUCAUCGCGGCGGAGGUAUGGAAAGCCGUGAAAUCACUGAGCAGAAUGGGAACCGAUACAUCCAACAGAUGGCACUCGCUCUGGAUAUCCCCGAAAGCGCUCAGAAAGCUGCCGGUCAAGUGUUCAAGCUGGCCGUCGGCUUGAACUUUAUCCAGGGUCGACGCACAAAGACGGUCGCCGCUGUGUGUUUGUAUAUUGCUUGUCGACGCCAGGCAGGAAACACGGUCAUGCUCAUUGACUUGUCCGAUGUCCUGAUGAUCAAUGUGUUCAAGGUCGGUCGCGCAUAUAAAUUGCUGCUAGAGGAACUGCGUCUCGGCGGAACCAUCUUUACUAUGAACCCGGUUGACCCGGAGAAUUUGAUCCUGAGAUUCGCCAAGCAGCUCGAGUUUGGCCCGAGGACCAUGCAUGUGGCUAAAGAAGCUGUCCUGAUUGUCCAACGAAUGAGUCGUGAUUGGAUGACAACCGGUCGUCGACCGGCCGGAAUCUGCGGCGCUGCACUCAUUCUCGCUGCGCGAAUGAACAACUUUCGCCGCACGGUGCGGGAGGUUGUAUACGUUGUCAAAGUGACCGAAGUCACCAUCAAUCAGCGCCUGAACGAAUUCAGUUCCACCGAUAGUGGUGAUCUCACUGUCGACCAGUUCCGAUCCGUACAAUUGGAAAACGCACAUGACCCGCCAUCCUUUAGCCAGUCCAAAUCAAAAAACCGCAGACGAAAAGCUGCUGUGACUGCUGCAGAAAUCGAAGAAGAAGAUUAUGAUGACGAUGACGAUGAUGCCAGCACUCCUGAUCCUGUGCCGAUCCAGCCGACUAAGCCAAAGCGCGUUGAUGCAGACGGCUUCACUAUCCCGGACAUCCCUAUUGAUCCUGCCUUGACUGCGAUGACUACGAUGAUCAAUCGAGGGCUGAAAAGAAAGGCCUCGGAUAAUGAGAAUCUCGACCAACUAAUCAAGACCCGUGCUGAUUCGGAGACGUCCUCGGCAACGGAUACAUCUGCAGAUGACGGCACACCUCAACCCUUCGUCGAUGCGACCGGGCAGAAACUACCUCGAAGCCGCACUAAGCAGCCAUUACCAGAACCGACCCCCGAAGAACUUGCUUCUGAAGAAGCGCUCGAGAAUGAGAUGAACCAGUUCCUCGCACAAGGUUCCGACAUGGUAGAAGCGGCUACUAUGAAGGUCACACCCAGCGCGACGGUAGCGACGCCGGCAGUAGUCAAGACGACGACAGUGUCUGAUAGCGCGGAAAUCGACGCCGCCGAGUUCGAGUCAGACCCCGAAGUGGCCAACUGCCUUCUCUCGACCGCCGAGGUCGAGAUCAAGGAGCGUAUCUGGGUGCACGAGAACAGGGACUACCUGCGUACCCAGCAAGCCAAGGCGCUGAAACGGGCAUUACAGGAGGGCGAAGGCGGUGAUGGAACUGUCAAGAGGCCUCGCAAACCUCGAAAGGGCCGCAUCGGAGAUGUCGCGUAUCUGGAAGGGCAAGGCGGGGCCAACAGCCGGGCAUCUACCCCUGUGGAAGCAAUGCGAAUGAUGCUUGAACAACGCGCACAUAGUAAAAAGAUCAACUACAAAACGCUACUGGAUCUAUACGGAGACGACGGAAAGGCAGAAGCCGAAAAGAGCAGUCGCAGCCAGAGCGUUGAAGAGGGUCUCUCGUCUGGCACAGCCGGAGAGGAGAUUACCAAACCUGGUGCUUCCUCGACAGAGAAAGAAAAGACAGGAGGAUUCAACGAGGCAGACUAUGACGACGACGAAGAAGAGGACGAAGUGGACGACGUGGCCAGCGCCAAAGGGUAUGACGAUGGCCAGGACAUUGAGACUGCGUUUGCAGGGGGUUAUGACGAUGCCGAAGAGGAUUAUUACGAUCAAGCAAGUGAUUAUGGCGACUAA